AUGUUGCUGCUGAUGUCCUGCAACACGCGACGCUUCAGGCCUCUCAUCGCUGCCGUUUUACUGGUUUUCACGGCAAUUUGGGUUCUUUUCAAAGCCGUCCCUCUUACCGGAGAGGUUUCUCAGGGGUUCCUCGACACCUGGUACGCGCCGCAGGAAUGUCAGUUGCAGGUGCAGCAAGUAUCCCUUGAUAAUACCUUCAUUCGGCGGACGCCGCUCGUCAGGAAGAAUAUUGCUGUCGCCUCUCAUUUUGGCUACCACUUUGAUGUCUAUAUGACUCUCGUGUGGACACUGGAGCGCAUCCUACACCCAGCGCAAGACUCAAGGACAGAAAUACGAGUUUACUCUCAGCCGUUCCAAUUCAAGUUCCAAGAUAUUGUAGCCAAACUGGGCCUUUACCACGGAGAGUUGCACGAUCCACACAAGCUUGUUGAACAUAUUCAGCAAGUUCCAGGCGAGGGUGGCAUCGAUAUGGUAAUUUUGGGAACAUGUGAGGUUGACCUUCCAGCGUUCCAUGAUGCGUUGAUAGCUGCGUGGGACGCGCGAGACGACGAACAUAAGUUCCAAUUGGUUUGUGUCGUACACAAUGUCCUGGAUACGAGGUGGCAGGAUUUCAUUCCAGGCUGGUCACGUCGAGGCGUGUUCAGGGUGGUCGGAAUUGCAGACCAUGUCGCCAAUUCUUUCCGCAAAGUGUUCGAUGGCCACGCAGACAGCCCGGAUCCCCACUUGUAUACAGCCGGAUACGAGUACAUCCCGGCAGAUGUCCAUAUGCCGGUGUUGGACAUUCCAGACCUCCCGACCAGACCUCUGAACCGUACGCUGUCCAAAGCGGUCGUUCAGGGGACAUUCUCCACUGAACGACGUGAUUACGAGCAUAUAUUCGGCGAGCUGAUUGCCUCUCUGCACGAGGAUCCUCAUGCCUGGGGAUACCUACCACUAGAUGGAAGAGCGUCAUUCGUACCCGACCCUCACUCUCCUGAGCCACCGUUCCAGCUCGCCAUUGUAGGUUCAGGCGAUCUAGAUAUUCCCACCGAGCUCGCGUAUCUUGCCACUAUCUACCGCUAUCUGGAUUACAGUGACUUUUACGUUCUAAUCUCAGAGAUGGACAUCGUCGUUCCCGCGUUUGCCGAGUAUGGAUACUUCGAAUACCAAGCGAGUUCUACUGUCGCAAUGGCAGCAGAAUUAAAUGUUCCCAUUCUCGCUACUCAACGUAUGCGCAAAGCUUAUGGUUACAUCGACGAUGACACGGCAGUUGUCACACGUCCGGCGGCCAUGCGCGAGGUACAGGCGUUAAAGGCAUUGCGCACAGGAAACACAUCCUUCUUCCUCGACUCUCAGGCGAUACGCUCUGGCCGAUCGGGAUCGGCCAUGCAGCGUUUGAAAGCAGCUACGGAGAAGAUGGUUCAAUCGCCUUGGACGCGGGACAAGAAGUCGUUCGCCCGGUUCAAAAACGUCAUUUGGAGCAGAAACCAGGCAUUUGUAGAACGGCUUCUCCGUGACGCUUAG